AUGCAUUUCUUGCUUUACCUUAUUUCUGCAUUUUGCAGAAGAAAAGACAGUGUCAUUUUAAUUUUAUGUAGAAAUGAAGACAAAGAUGAAAUUGCAAAGACCAUAACCAACUUUGAGGAGAGGUUUAAUGCUCGUUACAAAUACCCUUAUGUUUUUCUAAACGACAAGGACUGGGAUAAUGACUUCAAGGAUAAAAUAAAAUCAGUCACAAAAAGCCAGGUCAAGUUUGGAAAAGUUCCAAGUGAGGAUUGGGACAUGCCCAAAAGCAUAGACGCGGAAAAAGCCAAAACGAAUUGGAAGACGAUGGCAAUGAAAGGAGUACCAUAUGCUGAGAAAGAAAGCUAUCACAACAUGUGCAGAUUCUACUCGCGAAGCUUUUAUUAUCACGAUCUUGUGCAAAAGUAUAAAUACUACUGGAGGAUAGAGCCCGGAGUGAGAUUUAGAUGCAAAAUACCCUAUGAUCCAUUUGAAAUAAUGGAAGAAAAGGGAUACAAAUAUGGAUUUACAAUUACACUUUUUGAGUUUAAGGACUCGAUACCCACACUCUAUGACUCAACGUUGGAGUUUAAGAGAAAGUAUUCCCAUUUAAUUCCAAAAGAUAAGAAAACCUUGCAGUUUAUGUUUGAGAACCGAAAUUACAACGGAUGCCACUUUUGGUCCAACUUUGAAAUAGCCUCUUUUGAGCUGUUUAGGAGCAAAAGCUAUACCACUUAUGUGGGAUAUUUAAACCAAAAAGGAGGAUUCUAUUAUGAAAGGUGGGGCGAUGCACCAGUACACUCGUUGGCCGUGGCCAUGUUUUUAGACAUGAGUGAGGUUCAUUUUUUCGAAGAGAUUGGAUACACACACCCUCCAUUUACACAUUGCCCAACGAAUGGAAUAGACUGUGACUGUAAACCUGAAGAGAACUUUGAUAACAACCAGAUUUCCUGCCUGCCGAAGUACCGCAACGAUACAAAGUCACAGAAGACCCCAGCAGAUGGAAAAGUGGCAAACGAUGCAAAGAAUGGCAGUGGCAUUCAUGUCAAUAUAGAGCAAGGCAAAGAUGCCCGUAACAUCUGA